AUGGGUGACUGGGUCGGUUUCUUGCUGAGGUCUGUAUACUUUUACUGCCACUUCGUGGGGUUAAACAACUUUGAGUACGACUGGCGGACAGGACGCGUAUUCAAAUCCUGGCGUAGUUCUCUGUACGCCUUCACGGUGAAUGCCGUUCUAACGAUAUCUCUUAUUUUUUAUUGGAUCGUGAAAAAACAUAAUACAAAUUUGAUUUUUGUUAGUGCAAAUAAGUUGCACGAGUAUGUUACCAUUAUUAUUGCCGGUCUGAAGAUCACAACAGGACUUAUUACGGUGCUUAACCGGUGGCUCCAGCGUAGUCAAAUAAUGCGCCUAACCAAAGAUAUAAUUCGUCUUUAUUUGGCCAAUCCCCAGGUGAAAAAGAUGAUCCGCUGGGGCAUUCUACUGAAGCUCUUCAGUGGCUGUGCAAUAGACCUGUUUCAAGUGCUGCUUUUCGUGGAUUCAGCGAGUCGCCAAGCACAGACAGUAAUGUUGGGUAUUUUUUUAAGAACAUGCAUUUCAUUCAUUUCAAAUCUGGCCUUAUCGCAGCAUUAUUUCGUAAUGCUUUUUGUACGGGCCCAAUACCAGAUAGCUAAUAUGAAGCUGCGACAGGUGAUCGAAGAAAGCCGUAGGCUAAGUUACCUCAAACAGCGGAAAGGUGUCUUUAUGACAAGAUGCUGCUAUCUAUCCGAUCAGGUGGAUGAUAUAGCCAAGGUCCAGAGCCAAUUGCAGUCGAUUUUGGCUCAGUUGGGAGAGGUAUUCGGCAUUCAGGGGCUGAUGUUUUAUAGCGGUUACUAUAUAUCAUCCAUUGGUGUUUAUUAUCUGACCUACAGCGUAUACAGAUAUGGUCAUGAAAAUCUUAAUAUGACAGUUAAUUCCAUGGUUCUUGGCGGCAUUUGGUGCGCUGUAUUCUAUAUCGAUGCCCUGAUCAAUUGUUUUAAUAUGUUGUAUAUGUGGGAUCAUCACGGCGAGAUGCUCCGUCUUUUGGAGCAGAGGACAAUAUUCGCAUCUAGUUUGGAUGUUCGCUUAGAGGAAUCUUUUGAAAGUCUGCAGUUGCAACUGGCGAGGAACCCUCUGAAAAUGGAUGUUAUGAAUAUUUUCCCUAUUACCCGUAGCUCUACUGCGGCCAUGUGUGGAUCUGUUCUAGCGAAUUCGAUAUUUCUAAUACAGUUUGAUAUGGAAUACUUUUAA